AUGAUUGGAAUUGAUAUUUGUAAUGGUAAUGUUUGUGAUUUAGGGGGUUCAGUGUAUGGUGGGGGUGAUAAUAAUUUAUUAAGGGACCGAUAUUCUGCGCAAGGUGACCGCCUGAGCAUCCAUAGUGGACACAGCAGUGUCGCACAGAGUUUGCAGGAUCAGGUAGGGGACUUGCAAAGUCUAACGGCGGGGAUAGCUCGACUUUUAAUCAAUCAAAACGCGACUCAGUCCCCUCCCCCGAGGUUACCGCGAUUUAGUGGACGUGAUUGGCAAGAUCCAGAGGUUUUCUUCGGAAAACUGGAUCGUUAUUUCCGUCGAUAUGAUAUUCCCAGCGAGGAAUGGGCGGAAAUAGCGUUAGAACAACUGGAAGGCAAAGCGGAAAAAUUGUUUGCUCAUUGGAAACACUUGAACAUUCGGUACGACGAUGUCCGUGCGCGAAUUUUAAAAGAAUUCGACUCACCGGAAAAGCAUUGUGCCUUGAGGGCCAAAUUGUUUGGUGAAACGCAAAAAUCCGAGCCAACUGAGAUUUUUAUUGCUGCCAAAGAGGGAUUGUUCGAACGAAUUGCUCCGACCACGUCUCCACGUGAACGCGUCGUACAAGUGACAGCACUUUUACGACCGGAGCUAAGGAUGAUGCUGCGAGCUGUGCCAGUGAGCACAUUGGCCGAGCUGUCCAACGUGGCGAGUGAAAUCGAGGGUGAUUACGCAAAUUUGCAAGCUGGUGCAUUGGGAGGAAAGGCGGCCCAGUCCUCUUUUGUGAAAAAAGAGGUCGGCCAGUCACGAAAUUCUGACCAACCACCUAGACAGCCAAAGUGUUGGACUUGCGAAGGAGCCCAUCACCAGAGUCAAUGUCCGCUGAGGCAACCCAAAGGGACGAAUUUCCAACGUCCAAGUCCUAACACCCACCAGAAACAGUCGGAUAAUAAAACGAUUCCUAGGCAGAACCCUCCGGAGAGAGUGGCUGCCCAAAUGGAAAGGAAAACCAAAGAUAGGAAAAGUCCUAUGUCUGAAGGACGGUCAAAGCAGACUGAACCACCUCGUAAGGAGGGGCGUCCGAAGCAAAAUAGUUCCAAACCGCAGAACCCUUCAGCGAAAGCGGCUGCAAAAAUGGAAAAUAGGGGUAAAGGUUCAAGAAAUCCUCCAUCUACAGGGUGGUCCAAUAGGACAGACUCCCGACAGAAGGAAGGACAACCGAUCCAACAGCAGGUGGUGGUCGAUGUCCACUCCCCUAGUCAAGGGCCUGCAAAGGUUGGAAAACCCUACAGGAAAAAGGGCAAAGGUCGCGAACGGUCGGACCUUGAUGCAAUCGAAAUUGCAGAGUCUUUAAAUUUUUGA